UGCUCUCUCGGGCAUUUCGCCGGAAACCGACGUCGCGCGAGGACGCAUCGCAUUCUUAAACUCACUCACCUCGAGGUUCUCUCUUUACGCGCCCAUAUUACACGUUUACGCGUUCCGUGCCGACACCAAUACUUAAAAAAAAAAGAACGAUAUACUCGUGUUGUUUUUUCCAUUAAAGUUAAUAAGUCUUAAAACCCAAGUACAACUGUACUCGUGCCGUGUAUCAACGCACACUAAUUCAAUCUCACAAAUUAAUAUUGAAUUUAAUUAAAAAAAAAAACCAACAAUGAGUACCAAGGAAAACAACGAGGUUGCCGUUGAGAAGGCGACGGAAAACGACAAGGCGUCCGGGGACGCGAAGUGCGACCUGAAAGGGAUCAAGAGGGCGGCUGAGGAUAAAACUGACGAUGUGAAAAAGCAGAAGAAGGAGGAGAAUGGUGAUGGUGAUGCUGACGAGGAGGAGAUUGAUGAGGACGUUGACGAUGAAGAGGAGGAGGUAGACGGUGAUGAAGAGGAAGGUGACGACGAGGUCGAGGGUGAGGAGGACCUCGAUGAUGGCGAAGAAGAGGAAGACGAUGAUGCUGAAGCUGAAGUGGAGGGUGAAAUAGAAGACGAAGAGGAGGACGCAUAAUGAAAGAAAAAACAAAUAAACAAACUGGUGAAAAAAAACAAACAAAAUAAAAAUGUUAAGUAAGUAAGAAGGGGAGGCAGAUGGCGCCAUCGUCGAAUUUCACCGACAAUCUUUUCACAAAAAGCAAAAACACUUACUCUCAUAUUGAGCGGUUGGUUAGCGAAUAAAGUACAUGAACACAAUAACAAUUUAUGAGAACAACAAAGGAAAUAAAUAAAGGAAAAAUUGACGCCUUCGCCCAAGUCCUCCUAAUCAAUAGCUGAAGCAAAAAAAAUAAUGGUUACGAAAACAAGAAGGAGUACAUAAUAAUAUGAAUCCAAUGAUGCAACUCAUGCCAGAGUUGGAGCGGGCCGACUCGAAUCUUGUAGCACAUCUGCAACAAUAUAACCCUUGGCUCAUUGCAAUUCUGGUUCUUAUCUCCCUUCUAGCCAUCACCAAAUACAGAUUCUGGAAAUUAUUGAUAUUGUGACAAGAACGUUUUUUUUUUUUAAUAAAAAUGACUAAAAUCAAUAAAAGUUCAAUUGCUCCAAAAUAAUUAAAUGAAAUUCCUUGAAUGCUCUUCGCAAUAUUCAGUGACAAUCUGAUUAUGUUGGAGCCUUCCAUCUCAGAGAAAAAAAAAACAAUGCACCUACACCUUAGCAUUGCGUCGAAUAUCACGACGAUUAUAUAUAUGUAUACAUAUGUAUAACGUUUUCAAUGUUUAAUUUCCUCGUUCGAGCAACAUUUAUUCGUCAAACUCCUUGGUAUUUGUCGCCAUCUGGCUUUCUUCACGGAACGGUUUUAUAAUGACUAAAAAAAUAAAUAAAAAAACGAAAAAAAUAAAAAAAACUUAUUUAAGAAAUGAUAAGGAAAAAGCUCUAUUGUAUUUAAAUAGUGUAAAAUGGACAUUUGUGGGGGUGAUGAUUUUUUUACAUUUUUGAAAUCAAAUUGCGUUUGUAGAUCGACGAAUGUCUCUCACAUAGUGCGCGUGACUGAGUUUUUAAUUUCAAUGAAAUAAAAAGAAGAAACACAAAAUGAGAUGAAAUAAUUUGGAGCAAAUUAAAGAAAACUAAUAAAACGACAAACCAAUUUAAUUUAAAUGUGUAAUAGAAAAAAAAAGUGUCGUAGCAGAGGUGUGAGUCUGGCAGGCCGAUUUUAAGUAAAAAAUUAAUAUAGAAAUUGUAGUUUAAGGGUUGAAUGAAAGAUUAAUUGAAAUAGCGGUGCGUAAAUACGUAAUACAAAAGUGAAUAAUCAUGGAUCCCGAGGCACAGCACCGCUCAAUUGUUCGAUGUAUAGGUGAAUUAUACAAAGACAUUUUUUCUUUAUGGAUUAUGAAAUUUUCAUUGACAGAUUAAUGAAUUUUAUUUCUCUUCUCCUGCCUUGAAUUAUUUAAUAACAUCUCUUUGCGAUUAGCAAUGUUCGCCAGGUGUGUAUGACUACAUGUGUGACUUUAACCAUUGCAUAAUAAUUAUACAUAGCAUGUAUAAAGUUAUCAAAUAAGAAAACAAUUUAUAAUUAACGAAUUAAUAAUGUGAACUUAAAUUUGCAACAAAAAAACGUAAUAUGCAUCAUGGAAAAUGAACUCUUCAUUUAUGGGAAAUAAUAAGACUCUGGGCAUUAGUAGGGAUUGUACAAUAUUGUCAAGUCCUACUAGAGUGCAGUGCACGAUGUUUCGGUAACUCAAAAGUGAUUUUUAUUUUUUAUCAUUGUGUCUUAACCUCGGGAAUACGAAAAAAAUUCAUUCUCUUUCGAUUGUACAUUUUCAAUAAAAUUCGAAUGUUCAAACUAUGA